AUGCUCGAAGACGAAAAUGGCUUUGGCUUCGUUCACCACAAUAGCAGGCCACCAAAACCGCGCAAGGCGGGCGUGACAGAGAUUCGCGGACCGUACUACUCAGCCAUGGGAAAACGAUAUCUGCAAGAUGUCCUGGAAACGAUGGGCCACCAUGUUGACGGGCUCAAGUUUGCUGGCGGCUCCUUUUCACUCUUUCCCGAGGACAAGCUGAGAGAGCUGAUUGAUAUUGCCCAUGAGCACGGCGUCUACGUCUCGACCGGCGGUUGGAUGGAAUAUAUUCUGAUCCAGUCAGACCCGCAUUCAGCCGUGGACCGAUACCUCAGGCAGUGCAAGUCGCUUGGGAUGGACGUGAUUGAAAUCUCUACCGGGUUCCUCUCUCUUCCGCCUGAUGACUGGCUACGGCUGGUCGACACAGUGCACAAAGCCGGACUGAUUGCCAAACCCGAAAUUGGUAUCCAGUUCGGCGCUGGCGGUGACACCGAGGCAGGCGAGCUGGAGAGCAUGGGCACCUCGGACCCGUCCAAAGUGGUGAAUAUGGGCAAGCGGUUCAUUCAAGAGUGUGGGGUCGAGCGCAUCAUGAUCGAGAGCGAGGGCAUCACAGAGAACGUGAAGAAUUGGCGGACGGACGUCAUUCAUAGUAUCCUACGGGAGCUGCCAUCGGAGAAGGUCAUGUUUGAGGCUGCAGACCCCAAAGUGUUCAAUUGGUAUAUCCGGGAGUUUGGGGCCGAUGUGAACCUCUUCGUGGAUCAUUCCCAGAUUGUGCAGCUUAGCUGCUUGAGGGAGGGAAUCUGGGGCAUGGCCGACACAUUUGGGAAAGUCACAACGUUCCGUUAA